CAGGCUGGCGACCAUGGAGGCGAACUCAAACCCAACGAGUAGUCGGGAUGCAAUAGUUGAAUCUGCAAGGCAUUUACUGAAUUUAUUAACUGAAAGACCACGGAGUGGAGGAAGAGGAGAGCUCACCAACCAGAAUGCCAGUCAUAGGGUACCUCAAACUGAACCAUCUGUCCAAAUGGAAAUGAGCAGAUCUUUUCCUGGACUUUACAACAGGGGAAGAGGAAAACGAAGAUUUCCUCCAACAAACCUGGUCCCAGCGAAAAAGAUGAAACCUUUAGAUGUGGUUUUUUAUUUACUGCCAAAACAUUAUGAAAAAACACCAAAAGAAGAUGAUCAACUGAUACACAUGAAAGCGGGAUUGGGCCGGAAAACGGCUCACAUCGAUGAGAGCAUAACGCACAAUGAGCUGGGUGAAACGCUUAAAGUUCUUUUUCCAAAGCUGGGAACUAUUACAGGGGGUUGGCUGCUUUACAAAUCUGCAGGUGGAUGGGGAAGACGCAAUUUGACCUUGAUAAGUCCUGAAGAUGAUGGCUAUACCGGGACAAUGUUGAAGGGUGCGAGUCGCGGCGGAAAAACCCUGUUCAUAGUCCCUAUUCAGGAACAACUUUGCACGGAUCCUCUUGAGCUGAAUGACGAGGCAUUUGCAAACAUGCCAAAGGCCAUGUGUCAGAAAUGCCGAGUAGAUGUUCCCUUGCAUUUUUUGACUGACCACAUAAAGUCUUGUGUGGAAACAGACUUGCCCUCUGAUGUGGCUGGUGUUGAUGUUUGUAACCCUGCAAAGGACAUAUCAGCAAUGCAAGAGUGUCCGGUGUGUGCAAAAAUGUUUCCUACUGAGGACAUAGAAGUACAUGCUUCUUCUUGUGGAGAAAUUAGUACAGGACCUCAUUCCACAGAAGAAGUGAAUGAAACAAUGCCUGGGCCAUCUACAUCAUAUUCUUCAGGCAGUGAUGACUGGUAUACCAUAAGCGAUGCUUCAAAGGCCAUUUCUCGCUGUGCAGACCAUUUCCUCCAAAUACAUGCAAUGGAGAACCCCUUGCUGUUGAAGAUGGACUUAAGAGACAGCCCUGCAGAAAAAGACAUGGCUCUGAUUUCUUUCUAUAAGCGGCCAAAUGUGCAAUGGGCAUGCCCCCUUAAUUGUAGGCUUGAAGGAGAUGUGGCUGUGGGACUAGGUGUAAACCGCUUUUUCUUUUCAACCGUACUGGAAAAAUUGAAGUCAGGUUUUUCUAUAAACUUUGGAAACUCCAUUGUUACACGACUUUUCGAAGGAGAACCUGGCCACUGGGUCCCAUCAGCCUCUCACUUUCUUGUUGAAAGUGACAUGUUUUUAGUGGCUGGCAGAAUGAUAGGCCACUCUUUCCUUCAUGGAGGACCACGCCUGUCAGGACUUAGUCCUGCUGUUAUUCAUGUUCUACUUGGCGGCAGUCCAGAAACAGCAACUAUCACCCUGGAGGACUGCCCAGACCUAGACAUCAGGGAAACCAUCAGUACUCUCGAGGGAGAAUCCAGGCUCUCUGAUACUCAAAUGGAAAGAGUACAGAGCUUGGCAUAUUCAUGGGACCUUCCUUGCCCAUCAGAGAACAAUAGGAAGUGGCUUUUUGAGAAGCUGUUACUCCAUGCAGUUCUUGGACGCAUUGCAAGACAAAUAAAGCAACUUAGACGAGGUUUGAAAGAAACCCCAAUAUGGUCCCUGGUAACUCGGCGACCUGAUGCUGUACCCCUGCUUUUUCCAAGGGAGGAAGCGUCCCUGUGUCCAGAGGUGGUACUUCAGCAUAUCACUUGGCCAGAAAUGGAUGCUGAAAGUGAUGAAGAUGAUGACUGCUCAAAGGAAACCAGAUGCCGCAUUUCAGGAUAUCUGAAACAGUUCAUUGCAAAUGCCACACCACCUGAACUGAAAGAGUUGAUGAAAUUCUGGACCGGUUGGGAAAAUCUUCCAUCAAGUCUGUCGGUGGAGAUUGUUCAUGGGAACUACCCAACAGCUGCCACAUGCUACGAAACACUAAAACUUCCCUGUCAUUACAAGAAUUACAAGUCAUUCAGUGAGGACUUCUUAGCCUGCAUUUCCUCUACACAAUCUGGAUUUGGCUUGAUCUGAGUGAUCGACUUGUUAAAAAAAAAAAAAAUCUACACUUAAGCUGUAGUAGUUCUUUGUGAAGCAGCUUUGUUUAAACAGAACAGUUCUGUUGAAAUAUUUACUCAAUUCAGUUUUCGUCAGAUCACAAGUUCAAUACAUAUGUUUUAAUGUAAUAAUUUAAACUCAGAGUGACAACAUUGCUGUUACUCCACUUCCUGUAGUUAUGUCAAGUUCAAAUUCAAAUGUUCAGAGUAGAUAUUUAAUUUAAGUCUAAGUCAAUACUGUUUGUACAGGCAGUUUUAAAUAUUAAAGUGAAAUUGUUUUUAUGCAAAAUUGAAUGUCAUUUAUUGAAUGUACUUGAAUGUUCAUAUAUGCUUCAAGUAU